AUUUUUUAUUUUUCUUGAAUUUUUCUUUUUAUAGGGUUGUUAUUUUCUGUUAUAGGGAGGUUUUUAUUUUUUUACAACUCUUUAGUUUUAAACUUUUUAGUACCAAGUUUUAUUAUAGACGAUUUUAAUUUGUCAUUUUGUUUUGAUUAUGUUAGCUGUUUUUUUUUCUCUUGUGUAUCUUUUAUUAGUUCGGUUGUUUUUAUUUAUAGUAAAUAUUACAUAAGAGUUAAUAGAAAAAUUGUUAAUUCUGACCAGCUUCGAUUCUUGUCUCUUUUAUUUUUAUUUGUAGUUUCCAUAUUUUUUUUAGUUUUUUCAUACUCUUGAUUUUUAGUUAUGUUGGGGUGGGAUGGUUUAGGGGUUGUUUCUUUUUUACUAGUUAUUUACUAUAAUGACCCAAAAAGUAUGGACUCUGGUUUAAUUACUUUUUUAACCAAUCGUUUAGGAGAUUGUUUUUUUUUGUUAAGGUUUAUAUUUAUAUUUUAUUGUGGGUAUUUUUCUUUCAAUUAUUUAAGUGUAAUUGAUUUUCUAUGAUUUUCUGUAAUUGUGAUAGUUGGUGCUAUCACUAAAAGAGCUCAAAUACCGUUUUCUGCGUGGCUACCUGCUGCUAUAGCAGCCCCAACUCCGGUGUCUUCUUUAGUACAUUCUUCUACUUUAGUUACUGCUGGAAUUUUUCUAUUAAUUCGAUUUAACUUUAUAUUAAUUAGGGUUUGAGGCUUAAUAAUACUUAUCUCUUUAUUAACUAUACUUUUGGGUGGUUUAUUUGCUAAUUAUGAGUUAGACUUUAAAAAGAUUGUUGCCAUAUCAACACUAAGGCAGUUAGGUUUUAUAGUAUUUUCUAUUUCCAUAGGGAAUUGGCUAUUAGGUCUAUUACAUAUAAUUUUUCACGCUUUCUUUAAAAGGUCUUUGUUUUUAUCAACAGGUUCUUUAAUACAUUUUUUAUUUGGGAACCAAGAUUCUCGUUUAUUUGGGGGAUUUUUUAUGUCAUUUUUUUGUAAAUUAUUUUUUUCUAUAAGUUGUUUAUGUCUUAUAGGGUUCCCAUUUACUUUGGGGUUUUAUUCUAAAGAUUUUAUUUUAGGAAACUUAUUAUUCUUCAACACUUCUGGGCUUAUUGGUUAUAUUUUUCUUAUUUCUUGUUGUUUUACUGUUUCUUAUAGUUUACGUCUUUUACUCUUAGGGUACUCUGGUUAUUCUUCUUAUGACCCAUACACUAGUUUUAGUGAGAGAAAAACAUUUUUUUAUGGGGUUAUAAUUUUAUUUUUAAUUAGUACUUUUAUUGGAAAUUUUUUUUUGUUUUAUUUUAUCCCAUUGAAUGUUGUUUUUUCUUUUUUUGAGUUGUUUGUUGGGUUGUUGGUUUUAUUUUUUGGGGUAUUGACUUAUUUUUUUUUGUUUAAUUUUUAUAUUUUUUAUUUUAUAAUAACUAUUAUAAUAUUUUUACCUAGGUUGAAUUCUUUAAUUUCUUCCUUUUUUAUAAAAAAAAUUUUUUAUGAGAUAGAUAAUACAUGAAAUGAGAUUUUUACUGCUAAAGCAAGAGAGAACUUUUUUAUUUUUUCUGAGAAUGUGACAAAAUCUUUUUACUACUCUAGUUUUAUUUUUAUGGGUGUUAUUUUUUCUUUAGUUUUAGUUUUUAUUUAA